GUCCCUCUGUCUCUGCGCGAAGGUUUGGUCAGUAACGGAGAUUCGCGACGUCGACGGCUAGGACCUAUCAGACUUAAGAUAUUUCAUACCUAGCCUGGAAAUCAGAAGUAAGAACAGUUCUCCAUCAUACAUUUCCCUUAAGGACUAGUUUAGUGUCUCAGUGAAUAAAAGUGCGUCGUUUUCUUCUUUUUUUUAUCUCAACAAGGGUUCUUAAUCAAAACUAAGGCUACGCAUCGUGAGUUGAACGAGGGGAUAUGACGAGUUUUUAUUAAGAAUAUGUGGGAUAACGUCGCAGGAUUUCAAUCGGCCACACGUCAAGUCAGCUGACAUAUUGCGCCCUGCUACGCCACAGCAGCCUUCAGCAAAAAUCGAUCUUGUAGUAACAGUUUGGAACUAAAUACUAAGUAAAAAUUACAAUGUAAUUCGGAAUCAACGAAAUCAGCCACAUAGUAAAGAGAAGUUUGUGGUGACGUAUAACACCACGCUGAGGAACGGAGAAAAACACGAUUUUUGGCUGCAACAAAGAACUCUUGGUGAUCUCCGUUUAACCUGGCAGGCGGUAACUCAUUGGUGUUACCGUUUACACGGAACAAAACUGUAGGAUAGUAAAGAAGCGCAGACAAGUGGAAAUACCAUUAAGAAAACAAACGAAAGGAAAAAAAUAAAACUCAUCGAGGAGUUAAUAAAAUAUCUUCCAACAUAUAAGUGAUUGCAAUCAAUCAGAUAUGGAGCGUGAAUCCAAUCCCAUGCAAGCCUUAUGCCGUAGUGGCUGUGGAUUUUAUGGAUCUCCUGCCACUGAUGGACUAUGUUCAUUAUGCUACAAAGAAAACCUCAAGAAGAAACAGCAGCCUCCUGUUUCAGCUGCCUCUGCCCCAACCUCUGCACCAACCUCGCAAACCGCUUCCAGUAACGCUGGCACGUUGCAGAGCGGAUUCGUGAGCCCUGCAUCUACAGGGACGACCGCCCAACCCACCAUUCCCACAAUUCCUCAGCCCGCCAACGACCUGCCCAGUCCAAAAGAGGUUAGCAGAGAAGAACAAGAAGGAGAAGCAAGUGCAAGUAAUGGGGCAGCAGAAGGUUCGGUCAGUAGUGGAGAUGCAGAUGAUAGUUUCGAUGGCAAGGAAAGCGACAAAGAAUCCAAAAAGAAGAAAAAUCGUUGUGUUCUUUGUCGCAAGAAAGUGGGUUUAACCGGAUUUGAGUGCCGCUGCGGGGGAUUAUAUUGCUCCGUACACCGAUACAGUGACAAGCACGAUUGCAAGUUUGAUUACAAAGAAAUGGGUGCCCAAGAGAUUCGGCGUAACAAUCCAGUUGUUGUUGGUGAAAAAGUGCAAAAAAUUUGAACUCCUUAGUGUGUAGUCAUUGGGAAAAUGGUUAUGUAACUAUAUAAACAAAGAAAUAUAAAACACGGAAGAAACGAGAUAAAUUAUCUGGCAGCUGAUUGCACGUUAUGGAACUAUAUGAAGAUACAAUAUGAACAAAUUUGAAUGCAGAUGAUAGUGCCAUGUCAGAGAUUGUCAUCUAGUGAGAAUUCAAAGUAUAUGAAAGAAUAUCUGGUUACUAACUGCUGCCAGCUUACUACUACCUAUUACCUAUUAUUAUCUUUAUGAUUAUUACGAUUCAUCAUUAUUAUUCUAUAUAUUAUGUUUAUUAAUUUACUUAAAGGCAAAAUUUAUAAAGGAACAAAAAAGAAUUCUUCGUAUUUAAGAAGAGGCGGAAUUCCUGGUGCAGUCAGUCAGUCGGUCGAAAAUAUCUUUGUUAACGAGCCAAUCGAAACUACAGAAAUUAACACGUAGAGUUUUGUUUUCUAUAUUGAAAGGGAAUGUUAUUUAGAUGAUGACUGACGUUGAUGGGUGAUCACAAUUCUAGGUUAAUAUUAGUCUAAUAAUUAUUAAGUAUAUUAGAUGAUUGAUUCAUAAAUAAUGCAAUGAAGUAUAAGUAGUACUGUGUGUUUAUGUCCAAUCUCACAAGAAUAUAACGAGCAUUAUUACUCAUUAAA